CAUUUACACCCCUGACACAAAAAACUUACUUUAAUUCAUUCAAUCAAAGCAAAAUCAUAUUCAACCUGCAUUUCAAUUCAAUGGCAUCAUCUCUUCAAAUUCAUUAUACCUUUCUCACAUCAUCAAUUUCACCCAUUCUCACCAAAACCCAACUUCAUCUAAACUCUUCAUUCAAUCUACACUCUAACUUCACCUUCAAUAAUUUCAAGAAUUUGAUAUCUUCUGCAAAUCCAAAUGUGUUUGUUCCUGGCACAACCUCCAAAACUACAUCGUUUUCACAGUUGAUUGAAUCAUUGAUUGAAAGAAAGAAUUUGACAGAAGAAGAGGCUGAAGAAAGUCUUGAUUAUUUGUUGAAUGAUGCAAAUGAAUCUUUGAUUAGUGCUUUUCUUGUUCUUUUGAGAGCCAAAGGCGAAACUUACGAAGAAGUGGUAGGACUGGCAAGAGCUAUGAUCAAACAUUGUAAAAAGGUAGAAGGGUUAGGUGAUGCUGUAGACAUAGUUGGAACCGGCGGUGAUGGUGCAAAUACAGUAAAUAUCUCAACUGGAUCAUCUAUAUUAGCAGCCGCUUGUGGAGCAAAAGUUGCUAAGCAAGGAAAUAGGUCAAGCUCAUCAGCCUGUGGAAGUGCAGAUGUUUUAGAAGAAUUAGGUGUGGCGAUUGAGUUAGACCCUGAGGGGGUCAAAAGGUGUGUGGAAAUGGCAGGAAUUGGUUUUAUGAUGUCUCCAAUAUACCAUCCUGCAAUGCAAAUUGUUAGACCUGUGAGGAAGCAACUCAAAGUGAAAACUGUAUUCAACAUUCUCGGUCCUAUGUUAAAUCCAGCAAGUGUACCUUAUGCAGUUGUUGGUGUCUACAAGGAAGACCUAGUUCAUAAAAUGGCAAAAGCACUUCAACGGUUUGGCAUGAAAAGAGCACUUGUUGUCCACUCUGAAGGCUUAGAUGAAAUGAGCCCUCUUGGGCCGGGGCUAGUCAUUGAUGUUACACAAAGUUCAAUUCAGAAGUUCUCAUUUGAUCCAUUGGAUUUUGGGAUGCCACGAUGCACUGUAGAUGACUUGCGUGGUGGUGAUUCUAAAUAUAAUGCAGAAAUCUUAAGACGUGUAUUAGCAGGAGAAAAAGGAUCUAUUGCUGAUGCAUUUGCUCUCAAUGCGGCAGCAGCCUUGUUGGUCAGCGGAUGUGUAAAUAGCCUGGGAGACGGGGUGGCGGUGGCCCGUGAAACGUUAGAAUCUGGAACGGCAAUCAAAACUCUUGAUUCAUGGAUAGAUAUCUCCAACAACUCCAUGAAUAUUAAAGUGUUAGCUUGAGUUUCAGAUCAUGCAAUAUUGUUCAAAGCGACGAAUUGUUGUAGAUUUAUUUGCAGGAGGUUUGGCAAAAGAAAACCCGAAUCAGUUUUUUAACUUUCUUUUUUAGAUCAGUUAUAGGGUUUAUGGCAUGGUUUAAGCACAUGCAUGGGUAUAUCCUUAUCAUAAUAUCAUACGAAGAUCAUAGAAAAUUUUGUGUAUUUAUUUCAUUUGUUGUCUCUUUAAUGAUAUCGACGAAGUGACGAACUAGUGAGGUAUCAAAGGGGGGAAACAUGCAAAAGAAUAAUAAGAAUAAUAAUAACAUUACAAUUUAAUUCA